CGCCGUUUCACACCUCCACCAUUAUAAUCCCCGCCCAUUCCCUCCUCCUCUCUCGUCUUGCUCGUCCGUCCACCCAGCGCCACCGCGAGCUUUGCCCACACGCGCACCGCCACCCACCAGCCACCAGCCACCAGCUAGCCAGAUGUUCCUCACCGACAAGUACCACGCGCUCCUCCCCAUCCACUCCGCCAAGGGCCACCGCAAGCCGGCGGCUGCUGCGGCGCCGGCCUCCAGGUUCGACACCGCGCUCGCCGCGCGCCUGGCGAGCCUGCUCCCGCUCCCGGCCUCCCCGCUCGCGGCGCUCGCGCGGCUGGCCGACCUCCUCGCGGCCACGCUCGCCGACGCCGUGCCCGCCCUCUCCUCCCCCUCCUCCUCCUCCUCCGCCGCCGCCGUCGCCAAGCACCUCGACGCGGGCGUCGCGCUCCUCGACGCCUGCAACGCCAUCGCCGCCCGCGUCGACCGCCUCCGCCGCCGCCGCCUCCUCUCCCGCCUCGCGCUCCACCUCCUCUCCUCCUCCCCGUCCUCCGCCCAGCGCGCGCGCGCCGCGCUCGCCGACCACGGCGGGGCUUCCUCGCCGCCCGUGCCGCUCCCGCCCGUGCCGUUCGUCAACCCGCCCCGCGGCGCCGGCCGCCAUCUCACCCCCACCGCCCGGGUCCUGCUCGCCGUCAACGCCCUCUCCUCCCUCGCCGCGGCAGCCGCGGCCACCAUCCUCGGCGGCGGCUCCGACAGCAGCAACCCCAACCCCGCCUCCUUGAUCCCCCUCGUCCUCUACACCGACCUCCCGUGGGCGGAGCCCUUCAACGCGCUCUCCGCCCAGCUGGCCCUCCUCGCCUCCGCCAACACCAGCGAGGUGGACGCCGUGGACGAGGCCGUCCGCAAGCUCACGUCGGCUCUCGACCACGCCGCAGACGAGGCGGCGGUGCUCGCCGCGGCGCAGGAGGUGGAGAAGCGGACGGAGGCGCUGGCGGCGCUGCUGGACCGUCUGUCCGACGCCGUCAACGGCGUCUUCCGCGCCGCGCUGCGCCUCCGUGCCGCCGAGCUGGGCAGCUUCGCCGUGGGACCCGCCGACAAGACGCGUAAGAAGUAGCUCUUCACCGCCCGCCGCGUGUGUAUUACAGUUGUACUCCUACAGUACAGUACAGUAGUAUUACUCGUGUGGAGGGAACAUACUAGAGUGAUACAUACGCAGGGCAUGGGUGAGUUGGGGUAUACCGAGUGCGUGCGUGCGUCAAGGAAUGUGGCCAUGUGACGAUAGAUACUUUCAUUUUGCACACCUUUGGAAAUCUCGAGUCCAGUAUAAAGAAAAAAGUGUCCGAAAAUUGUCCCAAA